AUGCAGCUAAUGACGAAUUCAAAGCUGCAUGAAUCUGUCCAUUCAAUAAAAGCCAUCCAUGGAGACCUAGUUCUCAUCUCUUCUAACCUGGAACUAUGGCGAGUUGCUUCUCGAUCACCUGUCUCCUUAACGCCACUACCCCCAAACAUUCACCAGGUCGACGUGUUUACAAAAUGGGCUGCAGAGUACGGAAACAUAUUUUACCUCAAAGUCCUGGGGAAGCCAAUAGUGGUGCUCAAUAGCUUCCAAACCGUAACUGAUCUCCUGGAGAAGAGGAGUGCCAUCUACAGUGAUCGAGCAGACUGCACGACAUACUCCUUGAUGGGAUUGGCAAGUGUGACAGCGCUGUCGCGAUACGGCGCGCAGUGGCGGCGGCAGAGGCGGAUGUUGCAAGAACCGCUGUUAGCCAAAAGCUGCAUCGCUCAUCAGGACAUGCAACUACGAGAAGUGGGAUUGAUGCUCAAGAACAUACUGACAUCAUCCGAGAAUUCUGGAUUAGCGAUUGAACGACUUGCUGCGGGGAUUAUGAUGGAACUCGCGUACGGCCACGAGGUGCUCUCCAACGAUGACGAAUACAUUAAGAUAGGUGAGGACGCGACACAUGCGGUGGAAGCCGGGGCUGCGGGGACGUCUCUGCUCGAUCUAUUACCAAUUCUGCAACACAUCCCGCCCUGGAUUCCCGGCUGUUCUUCGUUCACUGCGGCUGUUAGAAAGUGGCGCCCUGCGGUCUCAAGGCUGUACGACGUUCCAUUCGAUGCUGUUCUGGCGCAGAUGAAUGCUGGGACGGCUCGGCGGUCGUACACCUCUUCUCAUCUAGAGCGAUGUACUCAAGCAGGGGACCUCAGUGACGAGAACAUCCAUGAUAUCAAAAUAACUGCGGCUACGCUACUCAUAGGCGGCUUCGACACGACGUGGUCCAACCUCCUCUCGUUCGUUUAUGCAAUGCUACUCUUCCCUGACGCUCAACGGAAGGCGCGCGAAGAAAUUGACCGCGUUGUCGGCUCUGAAAGGCUCCCGGACUUCAGCGACCGCGCAGACCUACCGUAUAUAGAAUGUGUCUUGCAGGAGGUUGCACGGUGGCACCCUGUCUUUCCUUUCGGCAUUGCUCAUCGCACGAUUCAAGACGACGUAUACGACGGCAUGUUCAUACCAAAGGGAUCGCUCGUGAUUCCGAAUGUCACGGCAAUCAAUCGAGACGAGAAGAUCUAUCGUGAUCCGGAUAGGUUUUAUCCGGACAGGUUCUUGCCUGAACCGGCUGGAUAUGGGGAGACACAUUUCAGCACGGCAUUUGGGUUUGGUCGACGGAUUUGUCCCGGGCGUCAUCUCGCUGAUGGCACUGCAUGGCUCGCGAUGACAAACAUACUCGCUGUGUUUGAGAUCACUAACGCGGUUGGUGCAAAUGGCGAGAAAAUUGUUCCGAAUAUAGCAUUCACGGAGACCAUUACAAGCCAACCGGAACCGUUCAAGUGUGUAAUGGUCCCAAGAUCGGAGAAGGCGAAGGCGUUGAUUCUGGCUCAAUCUCACUGA